AUGCUCAAAAAAGUCCUCCUUGCGGCCGCCCUCAUGGGGUCUACCCUUGCCAAUCCACUCUCAGACUACAAGACCCCCCUCGCGCCUCGUGAAGAUGGAGAAACGGUCCCUGAUGACGAUGCGUGCUCAGUGUUUGAAGCGGCGGGUAACAAUAAUGUGGAGGUCUAUGCAACUAAAGAGUCUAUGCCAAUCGACCAGGUGUGUGGGCAGGGAUACCUCGACAAUUUCCGUGGACGUUGUGGUAUUAUCAGCAACUGGGGAUGCAUGUUCGUGGACGAGAAUGUGAAAAAAGUUGAGGAAAAGGAGAAGAAUGAGGACCAAAUCACGGGUGCCAAGAUGACCUUCCACACCAAUUCCUUUUGCUCUUCAUACGACAUUAUAGCAGCUAUGGCUGUCUCCUCGGCCGCCGACGGGAAGAAACCAGAGAAGUGUUUUGAAUCCCCCAAGUGGAUGCUCCCAUAA